CUUGGGCGGCCCCGGGGCGGGUCCCGGACUUCGCCCCGAUCUGGGAGGUCCGGCCGCGCCGCCCGGGGGUCUUGAGCCGGAUCCGCACUCGGGGCCCCCCCGGAGGCUUCCCGCCGCCCCCGCCUCCUCUCCCCCGGGGCUGCGCGCCAAGUGCUGCUGCUGCUGCUGCCCUGCGGGACCCCGGCCUCCUUCGUCCCAAGGGAUGUGUGACUUCGCUCCCGGGAUAAGCCGGACUCUGCCGCCAGGAGAAGAUGACUCAGAGCCACGUGGGCAUCAACAGGGACUAUGGCGACUGGGAAUGGAGCGCCGACGCGGGCGAGCGGGCCAGGCUGCUGCAGAGCCCCAGCGCGGAGGAGCCCCGGCCUGCCACCACCUCCAUGCUGGGCGCCGUCUUCAUUGUCGUGAACGCCGCGCUUGGCGCAGGCCUGCUCAACUUCCCGGCAGCCUUCCAGAUGGCCGGCGGAGUGGCAGCUGGAAUCGCCAUGCAGACGGGGCUGCUGCUCUUCAUUAUUGGUGGACUGGUCAUCCUGGCCUACUGCUCCCAGGCCAGUAACGAACGCACCUACCAGGAAGUGGUGUGGGCUGUUUGUGGCCGAGUCCUGGGCGUGCUGUGUGAGGUGGCCAUCGUGGUCUAUACCUUUGGCACCUGCAUUGCCUUCCUCAUUAUCAUCGGGGAUCAGCAGGACAAGAUAAUUCCAGUGCUGAUAAAGAGCUGCGCUGGAGAAGGGAGGAGCUGCUGGUUCACGGAUCGCAAAUGCACGAUCAGCCUCACGGCCAUUCUCUUCAUCCUUCCACUGUCCAUCCCCAAAGAAAUUGGCUUCCAGAAAUAUGCCAGCUGCUUGAGUGUGAUCGGGACCUGGUAUGUCACAAUUGUCGUCAUUAUAAAGUAUUUUUGGCCUGAUCAAGGGAUCUCCCCAGAGGAAAUCACAGCCAGCCCUUCUUCCUGGGUGUCUGUCUUCAAUGCCAUGCCCACCAUUUGCUUUGGUUUCCAGUGCCACGUCAGCAGCGUGCCCAUCUUCAACAGCAUGAAGUGCCCACAGGUAAGGUCCUGGGGAGUCGUCGUGACAGCAGCCAUGGUCAUCGCCCUCUUUGUCUACAUGGGCACAGGGGUCUGUGGCUUCCUGACCUUCGGUGAGAGUGUGCAGCAGGACGUGCUGCUCUCCUACCCCUCGGAUGACAUCCCAGUUGCCUUCGCGCGGGCCUUCAUCAUUCUCUCUGUCCUGACUUCUUACCCAAUCUUACACUUCUGUGGCAGAGCUGUCCUGGAAGGUCUCUGGUUGCGCUACAAAGGGGAAAGCAUGGACGAAGACGUGACUCGGGAGAGACGCCGACGCCUCUUGCAAACCUUCUGCUGGUUCCUUCUCACCCUCCUCCUGGCCUUGUUCAUUCCGGACAUUGGCAGAGUCAUCUCGGUCAUCGGGGGGCUGGCCGCCUGCUUCAUCUUUGUCUUUCCAGGCCUCUGUCUCAUCCACACCAAGCUUUCUGAAGUUCAGGGGGCUGGAGGAGUAAGCUGGUGGAUGGUGGUCGGCUAUGGGAUAUUCAUGGUUGUCCUUGGCACUUUCAUCUUUGGACAGACAACGGCUAAUGCCAUCUCCAUGGAUCUCAGGAAGUGAUCCACCUGCUCUACUUCAUUGGAUCUAGGCAGUCCCCCGUGGACUUUUAAGUAGCCAAAUUGGAACCCCCGUUUGGGGGAUACCUCGGCAUUGACAAGACACGAGCCUCCUUUUGUUUUUCUGGUCAGCUCACUUCUCUGGUUUCCAGUUGUCGUUGGGAGGGAGGCUGUUGGCUUUCACCUGUUGCCCUCCCCACCCCCAAAAACACCCAGAGUUCCCCUGGACUUCAGCAGCUGAGGAGGACGCCUCUUCGUUUAGCCCAGGAGCUCAGCUUUUCUGUUUGGACCAAGGAUGGAAUAAAGUGAAUGUAUUUGAUUGUAA